AUGAGUGAAGCUGAAGUUAUAAUCUCACGACCAUUGAGUGUGGCAGAAAAUUUCUUUCGAUCAAGAACAGCUUCAGGUUUUUACCGAAAUUUUCAAGUGACUGCUACUUACAAUUUUGAUUUGAAGAAAAACAAUUUGCAACUGCUUUAUUACGCAUUAAGAAAGACCUUGAUCGAGUAUCCAAUUCUUGCUUCAAACGUUCAAUUCAAUAAAAAAAUAAAGACUUAUGAAUAUGAACUACUCAAGGAAAUCAAGUUAAGAGAUGUAUUGGUUAUGGAAACACAAACUUAUUCAAACCAAUACUUAACUCACGGUGUCAUUAAUGAAAAGUUUAUGAAGUCAGCAAACAACAUUCAGUUUGAGCUUUACUGUCAAAAACCAUUGUUUUGUCUUAUUCUCAUUGAUGAAUACAACUUGUCUGCUGUGUUUGAACACACCAUUGGCGACGGGUUGGUUGGUAAUUACUUUCACGAGGCAUUAUUGAAAAACUGGGCUCGUUGUGAAAAUGAGGGUUUAUUAGAUAAAGUUGAAGGAGAAAAAAUCCAUGCUUGCCCAGAUCCCCUUGACUCUGUAUUGUUUAGUUUUCAAAAUGAUAAGAGUCUAAUUGAGCAUUCUUUACCACCACCUAUGGAUAUAUUUCUCGAAGAUAUGGACCUUGACUAUACUUAUGGCGAUAACAAGUUUCACGAAAGAGUGGCCCCAGCAACACACCCUACAAAAUGGGCGGGAAGAUUUAAAGCUCAAGAUACACACGAAAUUGCAUUCAAAUUAAUCAAUUUAACUGCCAAUGAGACAGCAACAAUUUUGCGCAAGUGUAAGGAAAAGAAGGUUACUUUAACACCGUAUAUCGAAAUUGUGUUGGCAUACACUUUACAACCAAUAUUUGGUGAUGAUUGCUAUGCUACACACAAGAUUGCAAUGACGCUAAGAAGACAUUUUACUAGUUCGAAAGCACCCGUGGCCUACCACAAGAUCCUAAAUGACCCAGAUUAUAAAAUUUUAGGAACUCUGGCGCACAUGGGCUUUAGUGAAAAUUUGCCUCCAAUUACUGAAUUUUCAUGGAAUUUAGUACAGACAGUUAAUAUGCAUUUACAGCAUGCCAUUAAAAACAAGAGAGCCUUGAAUCAGUUGAAAUUGUUCAAAGAUACUUGCGAUUUAACUCAUGACACAAACGAACAAUUCUUCACGCAGCAACUCGGGAAACCCAAGGCAGAUGCAGUAAAGAUUUCAAAUCUUGGACUAAUCAACGCUGAAGAGACUGUGGGCGCAAAUAACACAUCUCAAAGAAAAUUGACCUUUAAAAAUAUGGUAUUCUCGCAGGACAUGGCACCAUACGGAUCAGAGUUUAUGUUGAGUGUUAUUUCAACACCCAAAGGUGGAUUAAACCUAGUACUAAGUUACUAUAAUCACUCAUUUGAUGACUCGAAAUGGAGCAAUUUUGAUAUAUUUAUUGAGAGGUUAAAGAGUAAUUUGAUGUAUUUUUGCUCGGCAAGUCCACAAAACUCAUGA